UCUCCAGGACCUCCUGAUCCCCAGGUGACCUCCAGGACCCCAUUCUGGAUCUCCAGGACCUCCUGACCUCCAGGUGACCUCCAGGACCACCUUCUGGAUCUCCAGGACCUCCUGAUCCCCAGGUGACCUCCAGGACCACCUUCUGGAUCUCCAGGACCUCCUGACCUCCAGGUGACCUCCAGGACCUCCUGACCUCCAGGUGACCUCCCGGGCUGUCCCCGCGAUGGCCACCGCGCCGUGGAUGGUGGAACUCAUCCGUAAGAAACGCGACGGAGAAGAACUGCGGGAGGAGGAGAUGGAGAGGUUCAUCCAUGGAGUCCUCACCGGAACCGUCCGGGAGGGACAGAUCGGGGCGCUGCUGCUGUCGUGCCGCCUGCGGGGGUUGAGCCGCGCGGAGGCGGCGGCGCUGUCGCGGGCGAUGGCGGCGCCGUCGCGGGCUCUGCAGUGGCCGCGGGGGUGGACGGCGCUCGACAAACACUCCACGGGCGGUGUCGGCGACAAAGUCAGCCUCGUGCUCGGCCCCGCGAUAGCCGCCCUCGGCGCCAAGGUGCCGAUGGUGAGCGGGCGCUCCCUGGGCCACACCGGGGGGACGUUGGACAAACUCGAGGCCAUUCCCGGGUUCCGCGUCCACCUCAGCGCCCCAGAGAUGCAGCGCGUCCUGGAGCGCGUGGGCUGCUGCAUCGUCGCGCAGAGCGAAGAGUUGGCGCCCGCGGACCGCGUCCUCUACGAACUGCGCGACGCGACCGCAACCGUCGACUGCGACGGACUCAUCAUCAGCUCCAUUCUGAGCAAGAAGGCGGUUGAGGGCCUUUCGGCGCUCGUUCUCGAUGUGAAGUUCGGUCGCGCAGCGCUGAGUCCCUCUCAGGAGAGCGCCCGUGACCUCGCCAGCGCCAUGGUGGAGGUGGGGGCGCAGCUGGGGCUGCGGGCUGCGGCGGUGCUGAGCCGCAUGGAUGCGCCGCUGGGCCGCUGCGUCGGGGACGCCAUCGAAGUGCUCGAAGCCAUCGAGUGCCUGCGGGGGGGGGGACCCCCCGACCUCCGCGAACUCGUCACCACCCUCGGGGGAAAAACGGGGUCCUGA